CGCGGAGGUCGGUGGAAGAGGAAUAGUGCUACUUAUCCCUGUGUGAGCAUCAACACAACACUUGAAAACCUAUGUUAUAUAUAUAGUUGCCAAAUAUGACAAGAUCUUCAACAAGAAACUUCAGAAUCGUUUGUGAUAUUGUCCGUCGGCAAAUUCUUAUACUGACAAAAGUCUGUGUUCCAGGGAACUGAAAUUGUGCAUUGCACCUCCUUUCAACUUUCUGGUGGAUGUAAUAAAAAAUUAUAUUCGUAACUUGGAGCCGAUUUUUGGACUGGAGUAUCUCGAUGGGAACUAGAAACCUAAGAAACACAGAAACAUUGGCCACCCUGGUUCCCAUGGUAACAGCCGGUAGUUGUCAGAUGUGAGACAUUUUCAGUGAGGCUGGAGAGGUGGGAGGCUGCUUUACACAAUACAAAAUGGACGUCUGCCUCCUGUAGGUCGCAACUGGAGGUAGACUCAUGAUGGACACUUAUGGAUCUCCAGUUGUGGCAUGUUGUUAGAUAAAUGGCCACAAGGAAGCCCCCUAAUGAAAUCGAACCAGAGACGUGCUUUGUCGCCCUCCCGACAUCGGAACGCCAUAUUGUACCGGCUGUCCAGUUGGAGCAACGCCAAAUCAAGAUGACUUACCUUACUGAGGCAGAGAUGCCACCAGCAUCCAUUGCCACAGCAACAACAUCCAGUGGUGAGCCGUCAAUGACUGCGGAUAUCACCCUGGAUGAAGAUGUUCCAGGUGAGUCUAUCACCAUGGGAACCGGCGGUGGCCAAUUAUUGAUGCCACAGGGGCUGUCUGCAACUCCUUCACCGGAUGUAUCACAGGUCUUGGAGUUUUUUGAGGAACAGGAUAAGUCCAAAGGUCAAGGGGUUAAGAAAAUACCUGUUAAACCACGUUCACCUAGUCCAAGCCCAGUACGCCAGAGUGUGGGGUUAGAUCACCUUGACAACUUAGUACGACUGAUGGAACAAUUAUCCUCGCUGAAAGAUGAGAACUCCAAGCUGAAAAGAAAGUGUGCCUAUCUCGAAAGUACUAAGAGCAUAUUGGAGGUGAAGACAGCCCUGGAGCAGGAAAUAAUGACACAGACGGACUACAGCUACACCAAGUCCGAGCAGACAUCCUAUGGAAAGCACAAAGUCAGUCGGCCUAGACUUUCUAGUGCUGAGGACAUGUGCUUCUUUGACCUAGAUCAGGCUGCUUCGGAAUCGUAUAGCUCAAAACGUUCCAAGCAUGUCAGCCACAAGCGAAGUCGCUCAACUGGCUCUCUUGACAUUCCAUCCGAAAUCCUAGAACAAUCUGGAGAAGAGGAAAAUUUGGAGAAAGUCCACUCAAAAUCUUAUGAAAAGGCAGAGAAAUCUAAAGGUUUAAAAUCUUCAUCUUCAAAGCGUAAAUCAAAGGUUUCAAACUGGGUAAAGUUUAAAAGAGUUAUAACCAAACCUAGGUUUCCUGAAGAUAUUGGAUUUAGUUUAAGAUCUAUCAAAGACUUAGGUAGAGGGAGCAAGGAGUUAACAGUUCCCAUAAGUACAGUGGAAAAUCGAUCAGUAGAUAGUGGGGUGGGUAGUGGGCUAGAGGUCGAGGGUCAAGAGGUUCGGAGGUCAACAUCCUCAGGUGAGCCAUCUAGUCCAACUCAAGGUCGUGAACUUGGGAUAGAAGGUGAAGCUGAGGAGGAAGAGGAAGAAGAAGAAUUUGGGACAGAAAUAUGGAUGGGGGAUCCCGAAUGGCUAGAAAAACAUGAGAGCGAAAUAGAAUCUGAUGUCACUAAAGAAAUUGUAGUCUUAAAUACCGCAUCAGCUGGUGAUCAGUAUCUGAAUGUAACGAUCCCACGUAGAAAGUCAAGUCCGUCCCUGCUGGAUGAUACACCUGCAGACCUAACAGAGGAAUAUCUCAGCUUAAGACGUUCGUCCAGUUACAAAGGAAGGUCAUCACAUGGUGAUUUGUCAGACCUUAAGGUGUCCAGCACAGACUCUCCUAAACUGGGAAAGAAAAAACCAACAUGGGGCAAACGAGUCAAAAGUAUAGUUCACACACGUAAGGAUAGUAUAAAACGUAAAUUGAUUGGAAAGAGAGGAGAGCUCGAACACAGCAGUGAAGAAUUAUUGGAAUCUGAAGUUUGUGAAGAAAGGUAUGCAGAACAGGAAGGACCGCUUGGUCGGUCCACACCAAAAACUUCACCUAUGUGUAUCCCGCGUCACAAGAGCACAGAGGAAGCAGAUCAAGGAGCAAGGGCCCGAGCAUUCCUUAUACAAUCUGGCUCGAUUGACAUGGAAGCAUUACUUGGUGGUGUCUCUGAUGAAUUCACCAAAAAGAUUGAACAAUGGGAGGAGAAGAAGAGCCAGCAGUCUUCAGUAAAAGGAGAGAAAGGAAGAGAGGAACGCGUUCAACGUGAUUCAAGAGAAGUGUCACCAGAGGGCGCCAGUAUAAGUGCUGAGCCAACGGUGAUAAAUGUGGAGGAGUUACAACAGAAACUCACAGAGAGCUUCAGUAAAAAAUUAGAGGAAUGGGAAAGAAUUAAGUAUCGUAAGGACAGUGCCAGUCCACCUCUAGAUACCAAGGAUGCUACAAAGGUCACAGGUCAAGUUCAUAAGGAAGAUAGAUUAGGCAGCAGAAAGGUCAAGGCUGACAAGGACCGCAGUAAGUUGGAACGUCGACGUGAACGUGAACUGCAGCGUGUAGAACGUGAACAACAAAAAUUGGAGAGGGAUCGGAUUCGGAUAGAGAAGGAACGCCUCAAAGCCCUUGAACGUGAAGCACGGAUUGAGAAGAUGAAAGGACGUCUUAGCCAACCAGACUUGGAAGCCAAACUGAACUCUCCUAUUUAUAGCCCCCUAGGAGAGCACAAAGUUACAACGGAGUUUGCCCGCAAGCUGUAUGAGUGGGAACAGAGAAGAGAAGGAGUUUCCACUGCUACUGUAGAACAACAGCGUAGCUGUGAGCACCCAGGAGACAAAAAUAAAGGAGAGAGUGAGGGAGAGGAACCAAGACUAGCUAAAGGACAGAAGCCUCCUCCCCUUACCCUUCAACCCUGUUUUGACUCCCCAGAGGAGGCUUCCCCCGGAGACAAGUCCUCUGAGGCCAGCUUUGGGGACGACACUUCACUAACAGUGGAAAGUAUGACAGAGUCCAACCUUACCAGCCUGGAAAAGGCUAACUGCCAGUUGAUGGAGCGCCUCCAUGAGAAAGAACUGGAGUAUGAAGGUCUGCAGGAUGAUGUCAAAGGGCUAUCGGAGAAACUCGACCAAGUCAAACUCCAACAUUCCAAGGACAUAGAGAGCUAUAAGCAGAAAUGCAUUACAGGUGAGCAGCCAAUAGCUCCGCCCCUCGGACUAGCCACGCAGGUACAACAGCUUGAAGCCAAGAUUGGUGAACUCAAGGACUUCGGCGAGAAUCUUGCACUGUCUAUGGAGAGCGCAGCGGUCUGUAAAUGGCAGAGCAUUGAGGGACAAGAAAAUGUCAACUCUAGACUUGUACAACUACUGGAACAGAUGAAAGGUGUACUCAUGCAGGCCUCACAAUCUGAGGAAUGCUUUUAUACAUCUGAUGCCCUGGGCAAUUUUGAAAAGUUAUACGGACAGGCAAUGCAACUACAGGUCCAGCUGAGUAACCUCAGGCUGAGCCAACUGGAGCGGAACAAGGAGAUCAUGACCAUGAAGCGCCAACUGCUGUUACAAGAAGCAAAUAACCUCCUGCUGCAGGCAGACAUUACACGUCGAGAGACUGAACUACAUUACUAUAAAUCACAGACAAAGCGUGGCCCCGCCAUUAAACGUUGGAACACAUUCUCAAUAGUGGAAGGACGAACGGAUGAAAGCAAAGAAAAUGACAGUAUUCAACCAUACAAAAGAUACUCCCAAGUCCUCAAAGACAGUGGAGAGUCAUCAGUAAUGGCUGCCGUUGUGGAAACACCAGUUCAUACGAAGCAGGAGAAUGAACAGUCUACAGACAAGAUAGAACAAUCAAUAUCUUGUAGUGCUCCAACUCAGUUUUAUCUUGAUAAUUUUCCCGAGUCCACAACUGAUGUUUCACAAGUUUCUGAUCAAGAGCACACAGAAAAAGAAAUUGAACGUGUUGAAACUGAAGAUUCGGUUCAGUUGUCAGAAGGACAAUCCAAAGUGAUUAAAGUUUCUCAAAGUGCUGGUGGUGAGAUCCCUGCGGUCAAACUUCCCACUGCAAAUAUAUCUCUGCCACAACCUUACAAACCUCCGCCUGUUCUACCACAGGUCAUCCGGCAACAGGCGAUGAUGUUGCUAAGUGGACGCACACCUCGUCAGGAAGAGGAAACGUUAGUGUCGAGUUCUGUCUCCAAGUGUGCUACAAAACCAUCACAAGGGAAAGCUUUUAGGGAAGAUUCUAGAAGUAAAUCUAUGGACCAUGACUUUGAUUUGCCAAGUAAACCACCAGCUAUAAGUGAGGCAAGCAGUCGCCCAUCUUUGUCGGACUUGACGAGCGACUCGAUGUCCCAGUCGAUGGAUGACACAGAGGACAGUCUGUAUGAAACUGAUGUCUUUUUUAGCAGUGUCUCUAGUCUGAAACAGGUUAAGAGUGCGCCAGCAUCUCAAUGUGGGCGAGAGCACAACAGAGACGUCGACUCUGGGAGGAAGGUAAGAAUCAGUCCUGCAGUAAGUCCAAUAAUCUCUAAACGCAGAACCCACCCAGCUUCUUUGCCUCGGACCAGACAACUGUCAUAUGCCCAGCGCAUAAGACCAGCCGAGGAGCUGAUGGAGGAGAGUCGACGAUAUAGAAAGGGGCAUUCCGUGUACAUGUCGCGCAUUCUUCGUAAGUACGCUACCACUGGUCACAUGGAAAAACAUGCAGAACUUGUGCUGAAAGGUUAUGACAAGGAAAAUAUCACGGAAGGAUAUGUAAAAAGCAUUGUCAAAAAGCUUUCCCGAGAAAGUACACCAGAAUAUGAUAGAAGGAUACGUGAUAUCGUUAUCUCAUCGCACACAAAGUCUACAUUUGUUCCAAGUAUGGUGCAAAAGUUGUCGACAACAAGUGAACCAGAACAGACACAUAGUAGUGCUCCCUUGUCCGAUCUUACGAAUGGCGGUGGAAAGAAAGUCAAAUAUCUCGCCGAAGUUUAUGAUAGUACUAGUUCCAUUAGUGUAGCUCAAACACAAGGUACAUUUCGCCGCUCGGAGUCUCCAAUGGGCUUCUCAUCCAUGCCCACUCUCCAAGUGGAACAAAAAUCAUCUGACUUUGCCUACAGGGAGCGUGCCGCUACCACAGCAACCUGUCAGGAAGAUCCUGCACCGCCUAUUAUGGCAGCUGCUAAAGAUUCAUUACCACAACAUCACACACCAUCACAUGAACAAUUCCCCAAGUUACACAAAGUUAAAAAGUUAGGUAAGGUAAAGAUGGGAACUGUUGGUUUUCUUUGUCAACAAACAAUUGUGGAUUUAGGUAUCACACAAGUGGCCCAGUGUGAAUCCGUUAGUCAGCUCAAGGUUACCGUGGCCCCGGGGCAAAGGCCCAGGGGUGAGGAUAGGGCCACUGGUACCAGUAGUGAUGAGAGGCGAUCAAGGACUAGCUGGAUACAGAAAAAGUUCUUCAAAACAUCCAAGAGCUGACAUUAAUCAUCUGAAGUUCAGGAAAAGUACUCCAGGAUUAGCUAAUAGAUAUGAGAUAGGCAACCCCAGCGUUCAUCUGCAGUAUAUAUACAGCACAGUGAUAUCACAACAGAUAUUUCAAUUAUGUAUUGGAUAGAUCUGCGCAAGGAGGCUACACUUAGCUGAUCCAAUGGUAUAUCAACAGUAUAUAUCUAUUGUUGGUUAUGCCUCAGUUUCACUGAGAUACUGGAAGUACAAUAAAGAUCCGCAGUAGUCAACUGGUUUAUAUACAGCAGUUGCAGUGUGAAUUCAGUGUACAGCUGAAGAUUCAGCACAAUGGUUAUAUCACUUUGGUACAGGUUCAGUGCAGUUGGUAUAUCAAUGCAACAUAGAUCCAGUGUACAUUCAGUACAUCUGAUACAUGACUGCAGUGUAGAUUCAGUACAUCUGGCAAAUGACUGCAGUGUAGAUUCAGUACAUCUGGCAAAUGACUGCAGUGUAGAUUCAGUACAUCUGGCAAAUGACUGCAGUGUAGAUUCAGUACAUCUGGCAAAUGACUGCAGUGUAGAUUCAGUACAUCUGGCAAAUGGCUGCAAUGUAGAUUCAGUACAUCUGAUACAUGACUGCAGUGUAGAUUCAGUACAUCUGAUACAUGACUGCAGUGUAGAUUCAGUACAUCUGGCAAAUGACUGCAGUGUAGAUUCAGUACAUCUGAUACAUGACUGCAGUGUAGAU